CGUGGAAUCUGUUGGUUUGUUUUCCGCUUCCGCUAUUUCCGGUGUGGUGAAUUUGUCUAGGUGAUGGAAAACAAAACAUAAUAAUUAGUGGUUAUCUAUUCGUGUUCCUCGUAUUUUCUUCUACUCUUCCCUAGUCCUAGUAGUUUGACGUGUUCCAGUUUUCCUGGUUCCGAUCGGUGUUUACAAGUGCUAAGAUAAGUGUGUGUUUUUUUUGAAACUCUACUGAUAACUCUAGCAGUACAAUUAAUUCCACGUCGAUUUUAGCCGGAAAGGUGUGAUUAUUCUAGCCGCAAAUCUUAUUCCUUCGAUGUUUACACUGUGAGAAAAUCGGUUUUAAGACCUUUUAGCCGACCGAAAAGUUUACUACAACUGGCGCGGCACCGAUGACGAUGUGUUUAUUCAAAGAAAAUCCGAUCCAGUUAGGUUGGAUAGCAGCUGGAGGGUGUUUACAGAGUGUAGUUUUUAUAGCUUUACAUUAAAAAAAGAGAAGAAAUUACGGAAAAACCAAAUAAUCUGCUGCAAUUAAAUCUUGGCCCCCUUAAAACAACAAUCCAUUAAAGAAAAUGGAGAAAAGUCAUCGUCUUCGAUCGACGGUUUUGUUCGGAUGAGAUAUCGUUCAUAACUGGUGGUGGAAACUAACUAGCGAAUCCGUAUUCCGUGGCAAUAUCCGAUAAAAGCUGCAGUAGCAAAGUUUUCCAACCGUAAUUACUCCUUGCAUAAAUGGUAAUAGCGGUUGGUUCCGCUGGUGAUAAGUGAAGCUUUCAAUUAUAGGAUUAACACAUUUUGGCCAAAGUGAAACGGAGUAAGGGAGAAUGGAUAGAAAAGUUUGUGAUGUUCGGUUUGCUGUGUUUAAACAACGGAGCUCAGUUAUUUGAAGUGCCAACUAAUGGAUUUGGUGAACAAAAUUUGUUGGCCAAAUAAGAGGAAAAUGUGUAUAUCAACUUUUGGCAAUGUGCAUCCAGAAACAAAUUGAAAAAAAGAUCAAGUGAAAUAGUAAUAAUAAAAAACGCCUAGAACGAUUUUUAGAAUGAUAUUGUUAAAACACACUUUACUUAGUUGGAGGCAAAUUUAAGUGCACUGGUAAUAAAGCGAUUAUUCCAAAUCACAGCGCACCUUCAAAUGCGAUUUUCAACGUGCAACAUUGAAGUGAACACUGCAUUAAAAUUCACAGCACAUAGCUGGAAAUCUUUCCGCCCGAUGUGUAUCCCCCAGGAUAAGUAGAUUUGCUAUAUACAAGUACCAAAUCGGAUAACUUGUGUAUCUGUACGCGGUUGGACAUUGUCUUCAAAUUGUAUAGCAACCUCCGCAAGAAACUGAACUUGAGCGCAGCUAAUUUCAACCGGAACGUGUUGCUGCUUAAUUGACUGUGAGAAAAUGAGAAAGAUUUAGGUGCUACACACAAACACACACUGGAUGGAAGCUUAUGUCCGCAGAGUUUCGCUACAACUCUGACUAAUCCGAGCCAGAUUAGAAUUAAACGAGGACCUGGCAGCUGGUUGGGAAGUGAAGUGUAAAAUUGAUCAUCAACCAUCCCUUCUAUUUCGAAGUGGGUUGAUUGGUUGGUUUGUGUUGGCUGUACGUACACCCACAGAAACGACAGCGAAAUUAAGAGUCCACUUGGAGGAAAGUCAACUAGCGUAAGGUCAACACCGUGCCGAACGAUGGAUGUCUCGAUUGGAUUCUGGGUGCUGCUCGCUGUUUGUUUGCGAACCGCACAUUCCCUGCACGCUAUGGUCCUGCCGGAAACGGACCACCAUAGCAGUGGAGAUGCUGCCGGCGGCGCCGGUGAGACCGCUGGAGGCAGCGUGGCGAUGACCGUGCUGUUUACCGAGGAAAAACUGUUGCAAAUGCAUCAUCGCUGCGAAGAUGGUUUCUUUCGGUGCAACAGUACGCUGCAUUGCAUCGAGCAGAGGCGAAACUGCGACGGGACUGCCGAUUGCGAUGACGGAUCCGACGAACGGGAUUGCGAUGACGAAGUGGAUUCAUCUUUUUGGGAUCACUUUUUCCGCAAGCGACCGGCCGCCUUGAACGACCAUCUGCCCUUUACGUCAUGUGCUUGGAACGACUUCAACAAUUCGUGCAAGUGCAGAGCAACCGAAGUUCUGUGUGACUACAAAGGCCUCACCACGCUGCCAACCUCGCUGCCAAUGGAGAACGUCACGUUGCUGGAUUUGACUGGCAAUAGAUUUCCCGUGCUGAAUAUGAAUGUCUUCGAGAGGCUCCCGGCGCUCAACACGCUGGUCCUAAAGCACUGUUCAAUCGAAGAAAUAGAUCCACCAUCAAGAACACUCAACGAUAUGUACGCCCUCCAUCUGGAUCAGAACAAAUUAAAAUCGCUUCCGGAUAUUUUCUUCCCACCGGGAACGUGGCUGCAUACGCUGAUUCUGAGCGGCAAUCAGAUCACGAAGCUGACUGCGGGAAACUUUCUCAACCUGUACUACCUCAAAGAGCUGUAUCUAAACAAAAACCGUUUGACGAGCCUGGACCGGGGGAUGAUACCGCGGAUCAACUCACUGCGGACACUUUCGCUGGCUCAGAAUCAAAUCCGCACGGUCGCUGCGGAUGCACUGGAUCUGCCCAUAUUGGAGCAUCUGUACCUGUCCGAAAACCAGAUAAGCCUGGUCGUAAACGGCACAUUUCGUAACCUACCGAAUUUAUUAGGAUUAUUUUUAAACGACAACGCCAUAAAACACUUCCAGCUCGGUUCGUUCGCUGGCAUUCAUAAUCUCACUACCAUGAAUCUGAAGGGGAAUAAAUUCACCCGGAUAGACAGACGGGUGCUGGAAAAUCUCACCAACUUGAACUAUAUACACUUCUCCGAGUUUCACCACUGUAAGGCGGCUCUGCAUGUGCGGGUCUGUGAACCCAGGGGUGAUGGUAUCAGUAGCAAGAGCCACUUGCUGGAUAACCCGGUGCUUCGGGCAAGCGUUUGGAUAAUGGCAGCGGUCGGAAUCUGUGGAAAUUUGCUGGUGCUAUUUGGACGCUACAUGGUCGGAACAAGGAGUAGCCAGGCCCACGCCGAACAUUCGCUGUACCUGCGACACCUGGCUGCCAGUGAUUUUCUGAUGGGGAUCUAUUUGGCAAUUAUUGCCAGUGCCGACAUUAUGUUCCGGGGUCAGUACCUACUGUUCGAGGAGGAGUGGCGGUCCGGUGCGGUUUGUGCCUUCUGCGGUUUCCUCAACACCCUCAGCUGCCAGUCAUCCACGUUACUGCUGACGCUAGUUACCUGGGACCGAUUGAUAUCGGUCACGCGGCCACUGUACCAGCGAUCGGGCAGCAAAACACGUGUCAUCAUGCGUCUGGCGCUGCUGUGGGGAAUCGCAGCCGCUGCGGCUGCUGCACCACUCUCUGCAACCGACUAUUUUGGACCGCAUUUCUACGGCAGCAACGGUGUAUGUCUGUCGAUUCACAUCCAUGACCCGUACGCAGUAGGCUGGGAAUACUCGGCCGGACUGUUCAUCCUUGUCAACACAUUCUCGCUGCUGUUCAUCGGGACGUCCUACCUGCGGAUGCUGCAAGCCAUCCGGGUGUCCCGAAACGAGACACGAAACACCCUCAACUGCCGGGAAAAGAUUGUGGCCAGAAGAUUCGCAAUAAUAGUUGUAACCGACUGUCUCUGUUGGAUGCCGGUGAUUGUCGUCAAAUUGGUGGCCUUGGGAGGAGUCCACAUCUCCCCUUCCCUAUACGCCUGGCUAGCCGUGCUGGUGCUUCCGGUUAACUCUGCCCUGAAUCCGGUGCUCUACACUCUGACGACGGCGCAAUUCAAGCAACAGCUAACACGCUUCUUCUACUCGCUACCGUGUGGCGCCACGCACGAACUGAACGGGUACGAUUCCGCGAUAGAUUCGAGGAACAGUCUCGCUCAAUUCACGUCCAGCAACGGUGGCAGCAAGCGACUACUACAGCGAAGGGAACGUAUUUCAACCAACACCAAGGUGUACGAGUUUAAAUAGCGAACAACGGCCGAGGUCGGCCGGCGGCACACGGUGGCCCAUCCGCGUCGUCGGACCGGCGUGGCUGCAAAUCCAGACCACCGUAAUCAUCGUCAC